GACUGAGUUGGUUGGUGGUGGUGGUGGUCCUGUGGGUUCGCGCCGGGCGGAGGUCGGGUGGUGGGGCUGCAGGAGGCCGCAGAGGCCUGGGCGGCAGAAGAGGCGGCCUUGAGCCGGCUCAUGCAGGCCAGUCUCGGCGGGGUGGCCGGGCAUGGCGCUCGAGGCCGCGGCUCCGAGACCAGGCCGGGGCCCAGGAGGCGAGCGCCGCUCUGGAGAGGAGCCUGCUUGCUCUGCCUGCCUGAGUGACCCCACGAAGCCUCGGGCGGGAACCGGCCCUCGGGACCGCAGACGCAGAGAUGCAGAUCUUUGUGAAGACCCUCACAGGCAAGACCAUCACCCUUGAGGUCGAGCCCAGUGACACCAUUGAGAAUGUCAAAGCCAAAAUUCAAGACAAGGAGGGUAUCCCACCUGACCAGCAGCGUCUGAUAUUUGCCGGCAAACAGCUAGAGGAUGGCCGCACGCUCUCAGACUACAACAUCCAGAAAGAGUCCACCCUGCACCUGGUGCUGCGCCUGCGAGGUGGCAUUAUUGAGCCUUCCCUCCGCCAGCUUGCCCAGAAAUACAACUGCGACAAGAUGAUCUGCCGCAAGUGCUAUGCUCGCCUGCACCCUCGUGCUGUCAACUGCCGCAAGAAGAAAUGUGGCCACACCAACAACCUGCGCCCCAAGAAGAAGGUCAAAUAAGCCGCUUCCUUCCUGGAAGGGCAGCCUCCUGCCCAAGCCCCAUGGCCCUGGAGCCUCAAUAAAGUGUCCCUUUGGUUGACUGGAGCAGCAA